AUGGGUGGGUGUGCAAGUAGAAUAACUCAAUCAGAAUUAGAACAGCACAAGCGUGAUUAUAACUCAAAAAAUGAUGCAAAUUUCCGAUCAAUUCCUUUUGAACAAACAAUUGAUCAAGCUAUCAAAGAAGAUCAAAGCAUUCGGGGGUUAGAAGAGAAACGCAAAAUUUAUACGAGGAAAGAAAUUGAAUAUAAAACGAAGCUGGAAAAUACACCUGCAGGAGUACCUCCUAUACCUGAAUUGAAUAUUGAGAUACAGAAAGGAAUCAAUUUUUAUUCUCAAGGGCUUUGUAUAACACAAGGGAAACCUUAUGUUUGUGUGAAAAUUGAACCAAAAGGGGCAAGUUUUGAAACAUUUGUGUCUGAUAUUUACAAGCCGUAUUGGUAUAUAAAAUAUUAAUUGAUUUUAUAGAAAUUAUAUAAAAUAAAAUUAAAAAUCUAUGGGAGCUAAAGCUUUUAUUAUUAAUUUAUCAGCAUUUUUAAAUAAAAAAGUAUAAGCUUUUCCAAAUAAAGCAAAGUUUGCAUAAUUUCACGAGUAUUCAUAUAAGAGUAUAUAUCAAAAAAAAUUUGAGACAAGAUUUGCUAUUAGGAUCAAUUGAAAUCAAACUGAACGAUUUAGAGGACCAAAAAGUAGUUGAUGGAUGGUAUAAUAUUGAUACAAAAAUUCAAGGAUUCAUCGAGUCUCCUGCUUUGAGAAUUCGAGUUCAGCUUGUGCAUAAUGAGCGCUUAUUAUUACAAAGAAUGAUAGAAAACUGUCGAGAAAAAUUAGCUGCAAUUCAAUCUGUAAAAGAAAAAAUAGAAGCUACUAUUAAGCCCUCAAACGAAGUUCCGAACGAACUAGUUCCAAUCGAUCCAUUAAACAUAUAAUUAUUUGCACAAAUUUUAUUCCAUUUUUUUUGCUAACUAUCCCCUCUGUGAGCAAUCAAAAAAAAUUUAUUCGCUCACUGAGGGGUCGAUUUACUUUUAUAAAAAAUUUUUUUUCGAAAUUUAUACACAGAAUUGGCAUGAAAUUUCAUUAUAUUAAUUAUAACUCUUAUAUCAAAUAUUUUUUCAUAAAAUAUUUUUAUAUUAAAAAAAACUUUUGUUCACGGGUGGGUUUUUAGGCAAAAAAUAGGGAUUUUCUAAUGGAUUUGUUCGUUCGCUCAUGGAGGGGGGAGUAAAUAAUUUAGAAAAUAUUAUAGUCAACUGGUAUUAUUUAAAAAAUUAUCAUAUGAAAGGUCGAUGCAAUUUUGCAAACAAAUUAUAUAAUAAUCUACUACGAGAUAUUUAAAUUUUAAAGUGUGCUCGCAUUUCAGCAGGAUUCUUUAGACCGAAGCCCACCAUUUUAUAUCACAAAUCGGUGAAUCGGAGCUAUAUGUCUUGCAAGACUCACCAAAAAGCGGGCCAAGAAUUCUUCAUGGGUCACGCUUGGUCUUGCAAAAACCUGACUCCAGCGCGUGCUCUGCAUAAAACAACCUGCCACACAGUAAAAACAAUAUGCCUUCUUUCUUCCUUGAGUCAUCGAAUUAUCUAUACAGUAGUUCCAUUUUGGCAUUAUGGAUAUAGAAAUUGCCCGAUGAUGGCGCAUUGAGCGCCAUCAUCAGGCAAUUUCUAUAACUCCCCCCCCUCCGUGGGUGAACAAAACCAUUAGAAAAAUCGGCAUUUUUUGCCCAAAAACCCACCCUCCGUGAGUGAACAAAAAUGUUUUUAAUAGAAAAAUUUUUUUAUGGGAAAAAAAUUUUGAUAUAUAAGUGAUAAUUAAUAUAAUGAAAUCUAGAGCUAAUUCUGUUUAAUUUUAAACAAAUUGCGUUUUAAAACAUAAAUUUUAUAAAUUAAAUUAAUAUUUGCUUUCCAAUUUUUGCGAAUUAGGAUUUUUUUAAAUUUCGAAAAAAAAAAAUUUUUAUAAAAUUUAUAUAUAAAUUUUUUUAAAAAAAAAAAAUUAACCCCCUCCGUGAGUGAACAAAAUUUUUUUGUUCACUCACGGGAGGGGGGGGGGGGAGUAAGUGGAAAAUAGAACCAUAAUAAUAAAUAUCAUAAAGAAGAAGGGUUGUUGGAGACAGCCAUUUCCAAGCAAAGCCAUUUUAUUAUUAUAAAUAA